UCAAAUUUAAAAUAAAAUAAAAAAAUCUUUUUUUGAUUGUUUUAUUUAUUUUCGAGAUGCAUUUUUCGGGAAAUAAACAUUCAGCGGCGAAGACAUCAUUUAAAAGUCACUGGAUAGUCUGCGCUUUGCUCAGUCACAGUGCGAGAAGUACUUGUGAACAGUGAACUAGAAGAGCAGGCGAUAAUAAAUAUCCCUUGACUUUAUCCUGAUCUUGUAAGGGGGGUUGAACUGCACUCCAGGGUGUGAGAAUGCUGCCUGCCUUCACGAGCCUCAGACACUUAGCCACAAACAGAAUGAGGAGAGCAGCGUCUGAGUUCAGAAUGACUGUCCCGUGGGGAGAGAUAAGAGGUCAGGUUUGGGGUCCUUCUAAUGGCCGUCCCGUGCUGUGCUUGCACGGUUGGGCUGACAACUGUGGGACGUUCAAUUCCCUGAUUCCAUUGCUUCCCAAAGACUGGAGAUUCGUAGCCAUUGACUUUCCAGGUCAUGGUCUCUCAUCUCACAGGCCUGAUGGAUGCUUUUACAACUUCCCUUUGUAUGCAGCAGACGUGCGGCGAGUUGUAGAAGCUCUUCAGUGGAAAAGGUUCUCUAUCAUGGGACAUAGUAUGGGUGGGAAUGUGGCAGGAACAUUUAGUGCCUUGUACCCAGAGAUGAUUGAUGCCGUAGUUCUUCUGGAUACUUAUGGAUUCCUCCCAACACAAGUGACUGACAUUUUUAAGAACUUGAGGAAAGGGAUCACUGAUCAAAUCCAGUAUGACAACAAGACGGAGGAGAGGAAAGAGAGGGUCUACACAUAUGAGAAAGCCAAAGAAAGGCUGAAAGCUGCAAACCCCUCCCUCUCCGAUCAGUCUGCAGAUAUUCUGUUAGAGCGAGCGAUCAGAGAAGUUGAGGGAGGAUUUGUAUUCACCAGAGAUUUCAGGAUCAACCUGAAAAACACUGUGAGUUAUAAUAUGGAACAAUGCCUCCACAUGAUGUCACAAGUUAAAGCCCCAGUGAUGAUACUGCUGGCAAAAGACGGCCUCUUCAAAACCUUUGCUCUACCUGAUGGAUAUGUUGAUUUGAUUCUGAAGAGCUGGGCCAAUCAAAAAGCCACCAUUGUUAAUGUAGAAGGGGAUCAUCAUAUUCACCUCAACAAACCUGAGUCCAUGGCCUCCAUAAUCACUGAUUUUCUUCAGUCACACAGUCCAGUCAAACCACAGAGUGAAUCUAACAAUAACCAGUCUUCCAAAUUAUAGCACACACACAGGCUGAUCCAAAUAACGAAGCAAGUCUGUGCUGAUUCAAAAUACUCACACCAUUCACUCUAACCAUCACAAACCUAAAUUAGUUUUAUUAGAAGACGUUCAGAUUCAGAACAUUUCUGGUGUAUUGGACCAUCCGUUUGUCUUCCAUUUUUAACGAGGUUUAGUCUUUGAGUAUAUGGUAUUUUUGGAGAUGUGGGCCAUGUUAUAUUGGCAAAAUACAAAUGCUGCUGACAAACAUUGAUUAUAGGAUAAAAAAAGAAAAAAGAAAAAAGGUUUAGUCCUGGCUGAGUGUAUGUGAUGCACAUAAAAGGUUUUUGGAAACGCCUGUUAAUGUUAAUAAGUAUUAACUAAAACAUCUGUUCAUAUUUACUUUUGUAAGCCAAACUAAAGAUUAAAGUCUAUAAUUAAAUUUGUGUAA